UGAAAAAGCUAUCCCGGGUCGACGCUCGGCAGUAUAAAAAACAGAGGCAGCGAUGGAGUCGUUCUCGCUGCUCGUCGUGACCCUCUGACUCGCUGUCUGUGUCCAUUAGGCCGGCCCGUGCGCCACCAAAGAUUGGCUCCGCCCGGCCCGCUCUUCCGGAAUCAGAUUAUUGGAGUUCCCCACGGGGCGUGUCGUGUUCCCCCGCGCCGUCAUGACUACACUCGUCCGCGCCGCCGCCUCUGUCAGACGUGCGCCUCCUCCCCUCCGCGUCCUCUAUGCAUCGACAUUGUCUCCAAACACUGCUCGACAUGAGCCGGUCUCCCAGUACUCCUCGCGGACGAUUCGUAAGGAGAACGCGGCGCAGGUAGCAUCCGCAGCACAUGAAUCUGAGCCCAAGGCGCGUUCGAAGGGGAGGCGAUCGCUGCUGACAGCUUCCCUCGCCGCUCUGAUCCCACUUGUACUAUACAGUGCAUGGCAUGUUUCCUCCAUAAGCACCGCCCGUGACGCAUUCCACGCCCUCUCCGACGCAGAGGAAGAGUUCUCCAGACACUCCAGCCGUCACACCAUCGACGCGCAAAUUGAACACGUGCGGCGUUGCCUCUGCGCCUGCUUCGGUGAGAGCACAGCAGCCGGCGCCUUCGACGCCCCCGCGAACAUGCUGCGCCACCUCCUAAACGAGCCCGCCGCGCGCUCGCCCGAGCUCGACGCCGCCGCUGCCCUCGUGCCCGCCCUCUGCGCGGAGAUCACCACGCAGGUGCGCGCCGCCGCAGCCCGCUCGGCCGUGGAACGGCGCACGGCGAUGCGCGAGCUCGAGCGCAGCCUGCAGGAGCGCGUGAUCGAGCUCAAGACGCGGUGCGCGGCCGCGAUUCAGAGCUGGGAGGAGAACCUGUACGAGGAGGGCCGCUGAGCGGCAGGAACUCAGGAAGGACGCCCCUUCUAUCCUUCGGUGCGUGACCGAAGCGGACAUUGCACGCGAAUUGUACCUCUAUACCCCCCAUUU